AUGGCGCUAGUUCACCCUCAAAUACAAGUUAGAUUUACAACAAAACAGAGACAAUAUAUAGUGACAGAUUCUGCGAUACUUGUUCCUACAAACUUACGUCGUUAUGGAUUAUCAGAAAUCAUCAAUCAUUUGCUGGAUACAGAAAAGCCGAUUCCGUUUGAUUUUAUGAUAAAUGGCGAGUUUCUAAGAUGCAGUCUUGAUGAGUAUCUAAAAAAUGCUGGCCUAUCCACGGAAACAACCCUUACUAUCGAGUAUGUAGAAUCGAUCCUUCCACCACGAGAGUUGUCUGCAUUUCAACAUGAUGACUGGAUAAGUUCAGUGAAAAUCGACCAAAGCAUGAUAGUCACUGGCUCAUAUGAUAACAAGAUCAGAAUAUGGAAUACAUUUGGUGAAUGCGAACGGACGUUCAGCGGACAUGAUGCACCAGUAAAGAGUAUCGACUUGUAUUGUGUACAAGGCGAACACACUAUCUGUGUGUCUGCGUCACAGGAUCGGACAGUUCGCGCAUGGUCGACAUUAGAAGAGGGGGGUGGCGGACUGAUGUACGAAUGCAGAGGACAUAAAAAUAGCGUGGAAUGUGUUAGAUUCGAUGCGCAUGGUUCUCAGGUUGCAUCAGCAUCAAUGGAUUCAACAAUAAAUCUGUGGAAUACACUUCCAUCAAAUGAGGACGAAUUGGUAACAACAGAAACCAGUCACACAUCAAGGAAGAAGCAUGAAAUUCGCCCGAUCUAUGUCAGAAAAGCAGAAGCAACUCUGCUCGGACACAUAGGUCCAGUACAGGCAGUCGUAUAUGAUGAUGAAUAUGGGUCUAAGAGAUUAUACAGUGGUGGAUGGGAUUAUUCUGUAAGAAUGUGGGACAUUGAAUCACGAGUUAAUGUGGAUACCAAGAACUCGGAUAAGGUCAUUCUAUGCAUAGCAUAUUCCGGUAAAUCAAAACUAGUCGCUACGGGCCACAGCGAUAAAUCGAUUAGAUUAUGGGAUUUCAGGUCACAAGGCAAGUGA